GAAAGAGUUGUAAAGUGUUCCUUUCUCUCUCUUUCGCUGUUUACGUUUUUUUAGAUUUAUAUUCGUUUCUCUCUCUUUCUUUGAAUCCAAAACUCACCGAUUCAGAUUCCCCUCUACUCUCUACUUCCAGCUCGGCUCAACUCGCCGCUAUAGCUCACCUCUCUCAACCUACUGUUAUUCUUCUUCAUCUCUGAGUGAGUUUCUUUUUAUUUUUUAUCUCGCUUGUGUCUGAAGACGAUCUGGUUAGUUGUGGAUUCCGUAUAUUUUUUGGUUUAAUUUGGUGAGAGUUUGGUGAAGAAUAAAGGAAAAAAAAAAACGAGGGAUUGUUGUUACAUGCGUCCAGGUUAAUUUCAUUUCAAUUAUUUCGUCGAUGAAUACGAGGGAAAUUGAGCAGAUCACUCAUAAAAGGUAGACUAGGACAAACCCUUUUUGGUCCUGCUUGUAGAUCUUUAAAAUUUGUAGUCUCUGUUCACUCAUAUUUGUAGUUCAAAGCUUGGAUUUUACGGGUUUGGGUUUUGAUUAGGGUUUUUCUUUGGGGAUUAAGAUGGACCCUUCUGCAAUUGGUCAUGAUUGCAAGAACAAUAAUUGCGUUGAUAAUUUGAUAGCUGCAAAAAAGUCACUAAAGCUUAGCUUAGAGAAAUCGAAAACCCUAGGACUGGCUCUUGAAAAGGCUGGACCAAGAUUAGAGGAGAUCAACCAAAGAUUGCCUUCCUUAGAAGCUGCUGUCCGCCCAAUUCGUGCCGACAAGGAUGCUCUUGCCGCUGUUGGGGGCCACAUUAACCGAGCUGUCGGCCCUGCUGCAGCAGUGCUUAAGGUUUUUGAUGCUGUUCAUGGACUGGAAAAGUCCCUACUAUCAGAUCCCAGGAAUGAUCUUCCUGGGUAUUUAUCGGUGUUGAAACGUCUUGAAGAGGCAUUAUGGUUUCUGGGUGAUAAUUGCGGGUUGGCAAUUCAAUGGUUGGAAGAUAUAAUUGAGUAUUUGGAGGAUAACAGAGUAGCUGAUGGACUCUUCCUGUCAAAGCUGAAGAAGUUGCUCAAGGGUCCAAGGGAGUUGCAAAAUGAUGGGGAAAAAAUACAUCUUGAUGGUGGGCUUUUAGAUGCUGCGUUAGAUAAAUUGGAAAAUGAGUUUAGACGACUGUUGAUGGAACAUAGUGUGCCACUUCCAAUGUCAUCUCCAUCACUAGGCGAACAAGCAUGCAUUGCACCAUCCCCUUUACCUGUGACUGUUAUUCAGAAAUUGCAAGCAAUUCUUGGUAGGUUGAUUGCUAAUAAUAGACUUGAGAAGUGCAUUACGAUCUAUGUUGAAGUUCGUAGUUUAAAUGUCAGAGCUAGUUUGCAGGCACUUGAUUUGGAUUAUCUUGAGAUCUCAGUCUCAGAAUUUAAUGAUGUGCAGAGCAUAGAGGGGUAUAUAGGACAGUGGGGAAAACAUUUGGAGUUUGCAGUCAAGCACUUGUUUGAGGCAGAGUUCAAACUUUGUAAUGAUGUUUUUGAGAGGAUUGGUCUAGAUGUUUGGAUGGGAUGCUUUGCGAAAAUAGCUGCACAAGCUGGUAUUCUUGCAUUUCUUCAGUUCGGGAAGACUGUUACAGAAAGUAAGAAAGAUCCUAUUAAGCUUCUGAAGUUGUUGGAUAUAUUUACAUCUCUGAACAAAUUGAGAUUGGAUUUCAACCGGCUCUUUGGGGGAGCAGCAUGUAUUGAGAUCCAAAACCUUACAAGAGAUCUCAUCAGGAGUGUGAUUGAUGGUGCAGCUGAAAUUUUCUGGGAACUCUUUGUUCAGGUGGAAUUACAGAAGCAGAGUCCUCCUCCUCAGGAUGGCAGCGUUCCAAGAUUGGUGAGUUUUAUAACUGAUUACUGCAAUAAACUUCUUGGUGAUAAUUAUAAGCCAAUCCUGACCCAAGUUCUGGUCAUUCACCGAAGUUGGAAGCAUGAAAAAUUCCAAGAGAGGAUUCUUGUUAAUGAGGUUUUGAAAAUAAUUAAGGCCGUUGAUUUGAAUUUGGAAACAUGGGUGAAGGCAUAUGAUGAUGCUACCCUGUCCUAUCUUUUUGCCAUGAACAACCACUGGCAUCUGUACAAACACUUAAAGGGGACAAAACUUGGAGAGCUCAUGGGAGAUUCUUGGUUGAGGGAACAUGAGCAGUACAAGGAGUAUUAUUCCACCCGCUUCUUAAGAGAGAGCUGGGGGAAACUCCCUGGUCACUUAAGCCGGGAAGGUUUAAUUCUGUUCUCGGGUAGCCGUGCCACUGCUCGUGAUCUUGUAAAGAAAAGGCUGAAGACUUUUAAUGAAGCUUUCGAUGAGAUGUAUAAGAAGCAGUCUGGUUGGGUUAUCUCAGAAAGAGAUUUGAGGGAGAAGACUUGCCAACUAAUAGUGCAGACAGUGCUGCCUGUGUAUCGAAGUUUUAUGCAAAAUUAUGGGCCAUUGGUAGAGCAAGAUGCAAGUUCCAGUAAGUAUGCGAAGUACACAGUGCAGAGGUUGGAGCAAAUUCUCCUUUCUCUUUUUCUGCCAAGGCGGGAAAGGUAUGGCAGUUUUAAAGACAGGCCAACCAGCGGCAAAUUUGAUAAUGGGGGGUGUGGAACUAUUCCUUAUCAUAUUUCAUAUUUCAUCCUUUGCCCUUGGACAGCGGUUCCUCUAGACAUUGUCAUUUCGUUACUCAAGGAUCAAAUUUUAGGAGUUGCCAGAGUUUGAUGAGAAACAGUUUUGUUCUGUCAAAUGCAAAGCAAAUGGAGGGUCCCGGCCAUAGAAAUGGAGUGUGUUGGGUUGGCAGAUAAUAAUAUUUUCAGGUAUAGCUUUUCCUUUUACUUUAAUAUUCACUCAUUGAUUCAGUUACAAGCUAGUUGGCAUUAAAGCAUAUAAUUUGCUAGAUUUCAUGUACAAAUUUUCUACAUAAAUUGAAACUAGAUGUCUAGCUGUGGUUAAAUUAUUUAGUCAUCAAUUUUCCCAAAAGAAUACAGUUGGAUGAGAUGCUUAUUUAUUUGUGUUAUUGGAUGGCUGUACCUGUUAUUGUGAACUUACCUGUGCAUUAUAGCCAAGAAUCUGCCAAAACACUAUUGGGAAUAAAGUGUUGGCUGAUUCUGUAAUUCUUAUUUCUUCAAGUUUAAAUAUAGUUGUUCAUGCUUGAAAUU